UAUCGCCCAUUUCUAGUAUCUUCAGCAACCUACCUCUUUCUUUUCGUAUCCGGCUUAUAAGCAUUGCAGUAAGCAUUCCAUAUAUAUAACCUAUAUAUUCCAUAUAUAAGUUGAAUUCAUUGAAUGAAUAAAAAAGAAAAGUUGAAAAUUGACAUGGAAGUUGACGAAAAUAAAACCGAGGAAGUCGCCGAUGAGAAAUCAGAAAUGAGUUACGAGGAGAAACUACGGUUAGUGAAUGCUAUAUCCAAACCUAUGGCAUCCAAGAAAUUAACUAAAAAAAUCUACAAAUGUAUAAAAAAAGAAAUGGUUGUACAAAGAAAAUUAUUUAUUGCAGCAUCUAAGCAUAAAACAUAUCUCCGAAAUGGUUUAAAAGAUGUACAAAAACACCUUCGUAAAGGAGAAAAAGGAUUGGUUAUAUUUGCUGCUGAUGUGUUUCCCAUAGAAAUUAUGUGUCAUUUACCAGUGGUAUGUGAAGACAAAGACAUUCCCUACUGUUAUACCCCUUCAAGACAAGAUAUUGGUGCAGCAAUGGGUAUAAAUCGAGGUAGUCUUAUGGUGCUUAUCAAGGAACAUCCAGAAUACAAGGAUUUAUACACUGAACUCAAAGAUGCGAUAAAAGUACUUUCUGCACCUUUAUAAUUUUAACACAUAAAUUAUAUUUCACUGUGUAUAUUUUAUUCAGAACAUUUUAUCAUUACAAAAAAAAUACAGAUUGUUUACAAAGAAACUAUAAAUAAAUUUUUAGGCUACUAUGUAAUAUUUAGGCUACUAUGUAACAAUCAUAGACGUCAAUUUAUUGAUAAGCAUAAAUAAUACACUAUAAUUAUAUUAAAAGAUAAUAUCAUAAAUAAUACAUUAUAAUAUAGAUUUUUAAGUUUAUUAUUAAGUACAUACUACAGUUAAAUGUAACGUUACUGCCAUAUAUUUCUCAUGUGUGGUGUUUUAUAUCCAUUCUUUUAUAUGAAUAUAAAUCUAUAAGGUACCUAUAAUUGCUUUAUAAUAAACAGAAACGACAAACGUGUGA